GAUUCAUCGACGUUCCGUCAGUCGGUCUGUCGGUGACACCGGAUUAAAAUUGGGAAACUUCCGCAGCCUUCCAUAUCGCAAAAUCAACGGAGGAGCGAGCAUGAGAUCCGGGAGUACCUUACAUUAGGCGAGAGAAAAUAAAUAGACAUCGAGUUGGAACGGGAGGAGGGAGUGGACGAAAAAAAGGAUUCACACACUGGAUUUUAGAUGGCGCUGGCGAGCGACCCCGGUGCCAGCCAGCAGCAGACCCAGGCCCAGAAGGAUGCCGCGGACCAGAACUUUGACUACAUGUUCAAGCUGCUGAUCAUCGGCAACAGCAGCGUUGGGAAGACCAGCUUACUCUUCCGCUACGCUGACGACUCCUUUACUUCGGCCUUCGUCUCCACCGUGGGCAUCGACUUCAAGGUCAAGACGGUCUACCGCAACGAUAAGAGGGUCAAGCUACAGAUCUGGGACACGGCGGGCCAGGAGCGUUACAGGACCAUCACCACAGCCUACUACAGAGGAGCCAUGGGCUUCCUGCUCAUGUAUGACAUCACCAACCAGGACUCAUUCUACGCCGUGCAGGACUGGGCGACCCAGAUCAAGACGUACUCGUGGGACAACGCCCAGGUGAUCCUGGUGGGGAACAAGGCUGACCUGGAGGACGACAGGCUGGUACCAGCGGAGGACGGACAGAGACUGGCUGACGAGCUGGGGUUCCAGUUCUUCGAGGCCAGUGCCAAAGACAACAUCAACGUGAAGCAGGUGUUCGAGUGUCUCGUCGACCGCAUCUGCGAGAAGAUGAGCGAGAGCAUGAAUGGGGAGCCCAGCCCAUUGGCCAAUCACAAGGGCCCCAGCCUACAGGACACGCCCCCAGACAACAAGGGUGGCUGCUCCUGCUGAUAACGCCUUAAACAUACAUACGGUAUACAUGCUCGCGCACACACACACACACAAACACACACUGAAAAAAUUAAAUACACAAACACUCCCACACACGCUCAAUGACUUGCCAGAAAUCUAGCGUUGUGAAUGUACUCUUGGUUUUGUGUAACAUUGUUGCUACUAUCCCUGUUACCGACUGGUUCCCCAGUCACUUGCACUCACUUUGCCUCUAACAACAGAUUUCACAUCAGUUCUCUUGUUUAGAAUGAGCUGAUGGCAUGUAUUUUGCUAUAGGAUAAGCUUUCCAGAGUAGGGUGAAGUUGCCCCUAGACACUGAUCUUGGGUCAGUUUAACAUUUCCCCCACUAAUAGUUAGGAUUGGGGAGGGUAAGCUGAUCCUAGAUCUGUACCUAGGGGAAACUUCAUCUGGGAGCCUUCCCACAACCCAAGCCUAGCCUAAGAACAGUUGUUCAGUGCUGUAGUUCAGAUUCUGUUUGAUUGUGUCAUGAUCAUACUGAGUCGCACACUCCACAUGUAUAACCUCCCAGUAAUGUAUUGGGUAAAAAUGAUCAUACUGCCCCCAUGUGGAUGUUGCGUGUCACUGCAGUAAUAAUGGAAGCACCUGCUCUAAUAGUGUCAAUAACGCAGCUGUGUCUGCCUGACAUCAACGACAUUGUAGGGCCCUGAGUUUCUCCUGGCUGCGUGGUGGAAAAACUCAAGGCCCUAUACUAAGGGAGCGUCUAGAUGGCUGGCUUAUGAGGCUAUUGCUUAUGAAUGUUCAGCUGUAGCCUAUACACUGUAAACCAAAAUGUUAGGUCAACUAUGACUGACCAACCAACCUGCCAAAGUUUCUUGAUUCAACUGGAUACUGGGGUUGGGGUCAAUUCAAUUUCAAUGCAGUCAAUUCAGGAACUGAACUGAAAUUCCAAUUCCAUUUUUAUUCUUAUGGAGUAGUGUUGUGGAGAAUUAGAAUUUCGGUUUACUUCCUGCAUUGGCUGAAUUGAAAAGGAAUUGACCCCAACCGUGCUGGACUAAAUGUCCUUCCUGACCUGCACUGUCCCACUAACUACUGUAACUGAAUGAGCUAUUAGAUUCUACAUCAGGCAUUCAAUGGAAAAACGUCUUACUGUAUUUGUGUAUGGUCUGGUUGUGUUUUAUAGGUUUGUGUUUUAGUGCUCAGGUCGAAUGUAAAAGUCAUAGCAUGAUUUCAUUUGAUUCAUUUCAGUUAAUGACUGUAUAUCUGCUCAAUCCCCUCGAAUGAACAAAAUAAAGAAUGUAAUGUAAAUUUA